UCACCGCGCGAGUACAUGUGGCCGACGGAACAUAUGGCAGAAGCAGACGCCCGGCCGGUUUCAUCCUUCUCCGCGGAAAACGACGAGCACGACGCAGAAAGGCGCCCUUAUCAUCACUCCCUGCGUUUCUGCCGCUGCGCACAUUGCCUGUUCAGCCCGACCGGCGAACCGGCCAUGGCCGGCGCGGCGCCCCACGUCAUGGUGCUGCCGUUCCCGGCGCAGGGCCACGUCACCCCGCUCAUGGAGCUCUCGCACCGCCUCGUCGACCACGGCCUCCAGGUCACCUUCGUCUGCACCGAGCCCAUCCACAAGCUCCUUCUCGACGCCCUGCCGCGGAACGGCGGCGGCGAGGCGCUGGACGGGAUCCGCCUGGUCUCCGUACCGGACGGCCUGGCCGACGGCGACAGCCGCAGGGACCUAGGCAAGGUCCUGGCCGGGGUCUUGGGGCGCGUGCCGGGCCACGUGGCGGAGCUCAUCAGGGAGACGGAGGCGUCCGGGGAGAGGAAGGUGCGGUGGCUCGUCGCCGACUCCACCAUGGCGUGCUGCUUCCAGGCCGCGAGGAAUCUCGGCGUCCGGGUCGCCUCCGUCUGCCCGGCGUCCGCGGCGUGCCUUGCCACGUCGCUCAGGAUUCCCCAGCUCGUACAGGAUGGCAUCUUCGACCACAAUGGCUUACCGAAGAGACACGGGAAGAUCGAGAUCGCCCCCGGCAUGCCGCCACUCUGCCCGACGCAAAUGGCAUGGAACAUCGACGGCGCGCCCGAAGGACGGCAGGCGGCUUUCGAGCUGGUGGUCGGGAUGGCUCAGGUGACCGGCCUCGCCGAGAUUGUCAUGUGCAACUCGUUCCACGAGGCCGAGACCGGGGCGUUCGAGCUGUGCCCGGACAUAGUGCCCAUCGGCCCGCUGUUCGCCGACCAGGAGCUCCGGAAGCCCGUCGGGCAGUUCUGGCCGGAGGACGCCAGCUGCUUGGGAUGGCUGGACGCGCAGCCCGAAGGCUCCGUCGUGUACGUGGCGUUCGGCAGCUUCACCAUCUUCGACCCGCGGCAGUUCCGGGAGCUCGCCGAGGGGCUGGAGCUCACCGGCCGUCCGUUCCUGUGGGUCGUGCGCCCGGACUUCACGUCCGACGGCGUCAGCAAGGCGUGGUUCGACGAGUUCCAGACGCGCGUCGCCGGCAAUGGCAUGAUCGUCAGCUGGUGCCCCCAGCAGCAGGUUCUCGCGCAUCCGGCGGUGGCAUGCUUCGUGUCGCACUGCGGGUGGAACUCGACGAUGGAGGGGGCGAGGAACGGCGUGCCCAUCCUGUGCUGGCCCUACUUCUCCGACCAGUUCGCGAACCGGAGCUACAUCUGCGACAUUUGGAGGACUGGUUUGGGCGUGACGCAUGGCGAGGACGGCGUCGUCACCAAGGAAGAGGUGAAGGCGAAACUCGAACAGCUCACCGGCGACAAGGGAAUCGCGGAGAGGGCGCGGAUGCUCAGGGAUGCAGCUCGCAAGAGCGUCAGCGAGGGAGGCUCCUCGUACGAGAAUUUCAAGAGAUUUGUCGAUCUCCUGAUGGAGUGAGCUGCACCAUUUCGCUCUUCCUAGAGUUCUACUAGUAUCUUUAUCGUGGCAUCCUGAGAUAGGCCAAGGAGAAUAUAUUAUAUUGGACUUUAGGGGAUCGUGAACAAAUAUUGUCCCGGCUUAUUGCAUCUCCAACAAAUCCGCUUCCCUAA